AUGAAGAUUGUGCUCGCGACUCUAUGCCUUAGUAUAUCCACUGUCAUGAUCAACGCAGUUGCAAUCCCCGAGGAGAACGGCUCUUACACGAGUCUCGCCGCCCGAUGGUCCCUGGACGAUCUGGUCCUCGUCAACAUGACGGUGUAUGAUCCACGAUUUCCUGGCGUCACAUUCACAGGUGAUGCAAAAUCUGUGAACCAACAGAUGGGGCAUUUGAAACCCGGCGAUUUUCCUGAUCUUUUCGAACCUUCUGAAGCACGCUCACUGGCAAAGUGGUCUACUGUAGGUCUUUAA